UGAAAUCUCGCCGCCCGCACCAUCUUUGCCAGACAUUUGAGCAGGUAACGUCAAUGACGUCACGAGGUGGACGAGCUCGAGGCUUGUCACCGUGGCGACCAUCGUCCCGGUUGCCACGGUAACAGAGCAUGUAUGAACAUUUAUGACGUACAUCGUCACGGUCACAACAUUAGGCACAGCUGUUGAAUGUGUGUGCGCAUGCGCGUUGCCGUGCGCGCGUCCUCCCGCCUCCGGUCUUGUCCUCCGCCUCGGGACCGCGCGUGAGCAUCAAGGACAGGCGCGAUCGAGCUCGCGAGCAUCAUCGGGUCAUUUGGCACGAGCACACACGCGCGGAAACAGCAAGGCGCGGGAAUCAACAGGACGAAGCGCGCGAGAGCAGGAGGCACGUGAGCGAGGUUGUGACACGGACAAAGGAGGUGAUUGACGACAUCGAAGCAACAAAGCGGAUGACGACAUUGAAUCGCCGCCUGUGACGUCACAACCAUCUGUUUGGACUUUUAUUUUGAAAGCAGCUUCUGAACGAUGGAGGUGCGCGCCGCGCUGCUCCUGGCGGUGCUCCACUGCAGCUCCGUGGCGUUGUGCGGCUGCGAGCCGCGGCUGGUCAACGUGGGCGCCGUGCUGAGCCAGAAGCGCUACGAGCAGGUCUUCAAGGAGGCCGUCAGCCACGCCAACGCCCUCUACGGCCGCGACAAGUUCAAGAUGAACGCCAUCUCUGUCACGCACAAGCCCAACGCCAUCCAGAUGGCGCUGUCCGUCUGCGAGGAUCUCAUCUACAACCAGGUGUACGCCAUCUUGGUGAGCCACCCGCCGCAGUCCAACGACCACCUGACGCCCACGCCCGUCUCCUACACGGCGGGCUUCUACCGCAUCCCCGUGGUGGGCCUGACCACGCGCAUGUCCAUCUACUCCGACAAGAGCAUCCACCUGUCCUUCCUGAGGACGGUGCCGCCAUACUCGCACCAGGCCAACGUCUGGUUUGACCUCAUGCGGGAGUUCAGGUGGAACCACAUCAUCCUCAUCGUCAGCGACGACCACGAAGGCCGAGCCGCGCAGAAGAGGCUGGAGACGCUGCUGGAGGAGAAGGAGACCAAAACUAAAAUCAGGAACUAUGAAAACGUGGACCACCACAACUUUGACUUCAGGAGAACGCCUAAGGCCGAGAAGGUCCUGCUCUUCAACCAGGACACCAACCUGACCGCUCUGCUGCUGGAGGCCAAAGACCUGGAGGCCCGAGUCAUCAUCCUGUCCGCCAGCGAGGACGAAGCAGCAGGCGUCUACAAAGCCGCUCGCCAGCUCAACAUGACGGGUUCCGGUUACGUUUGGAUCGUCGGUGAGAGGGAGAUGACGGGGAAAGCUCUGAGUGAAGCUCCAGACGGCCUGCUGGGUCUGCAGCUGAUUAACGGUAAGAACGAGUCGGCCCACAUCAUGGACGCCGUGGCGGUGGUGGCGCAGUCGCUGCAGGAGCUCUUCGAGAAGGAGAACAUCACGGAGCCGCCGCGAGGCUGCGUGGGAAACACAAACAUCUGGAGGACGGGACCCCUCUUCAAAAGGGUGCUGAUGUCCUCCAAAUAUCCCGACGGCCUGACGGGACGAAUCGAGUUCAACGACGAUGGCGACCGCCGCUUUGCUACCUACAGCAUCCUCAACUACCUGCAGAAACCUGGACGCCUCGUCCCCGUCGGGAUCUUCAACGGAUCGCAGGUGGUGAUGAACCCCCAGAGGAAGAUCAUCUGGCCUGGUGGGGAGACAGAGAGGCCAAUAGGUUAUCAGAUGUCAACCAAACUGAAGAUCGUGACCAUCCACCAGGAGCCUUUUGUGUACGUGAAGCCAACAAAGGCUGACGGCACGUGCAAGGAGGAGUACUCCGUCAAUGGUGUCCUGAUUAAGAAGGUCAUCUGUACCGGACCCAACGGGACCAUCCCAGGGCAGCCCACAGUUCCCCAGUGCUGCUACGGUUUCUGCAUCGACCUUCUCAUCAAGCUGGCCAUGAGCAUGAACUUCACCUACGAGGUCCACCUGGUGGCUGACGGCAAAUUUGGCACCCAGGAGCGAGUGAACAACAGCAACAAGAAGGAGUGGAACGGCAUGAUGGGGGAGCUGCUGGGGGGCCUGGCCGACAUGAUCGUGGCCCCCCUCACCAUCAACAACGAGCGUGCCCAGUACAUCGAGUUCUCCAAGCCCUUCAAGUAUCAGGGCCUCACCAUCCUGGUGAAGAAGGAAAUCCCUCGCAGCACCCUGGACUCCUUCAUGCAGCCGUUCCAAAGCACCCUGUGGCUCUUAGUCGGCCUGUCGGUCCACGUGGUGGCAGUGAUGCUCUACCUAUUAGACCGCUUCAGCCCGUUUGGAAGGUUCAAGGUCAACAGCGAAGAAGAGGAAGAAGACGCCCUCACCCUGUCCUCGGCCAUGUGGUUCUCGUGGGGAGUGCUGCUCAAUUCCGGGAUCGGAGAAGGAGCCCCGCGAAGUUUCUCGGCCAGGAUUCUGGGAAUGGUGUGGGCGGGUUUCGCCAUGAUCAUCGUGGCCUCGUACACCGCCAACCUGGCGGCCUUCCUGGUGCUGGACCGGCCUGAGGAGCGCAUCACUGGCAUCAACGACCCCAGGCUUCGUAACCCGUCAGACAAGUUCAUCUACGCCACGGUGAAGCAGAGCUCGGUGGACAUCUACUUCCGGCGGCAGGUGGAGCUGAGCACCAUGUAUCGCCACAUGGAGAAGCACAACUACGAGAGCGCCGCCGAGGCCAUCCAGGCCGUGCGAGACAACAAGCUGCACGCCUUCAUCUGGGACAGCGCCGUGCUGGAGUUCGAGGCGUCCCAGAAGUGCGACCUGGUGACCACGGGAGAACUUUUCUUCCGUUCGGGAUUUGGGAUCGGAAUGAGGAAGGACAGUCCCUGGAAGCAGAACGUGUCCCUGGCUAUUCUCAGCUCUCAUGAGAAUGGCUUCAUGGAGGACCUGGACAAGACCUGGGUUCGAUACCAGGAGUGUGACUCCAGGAGCAACGCCCCUGCUACCCUGACUUUUGAGAACAUGGCAGGCGUGUUCAUGCUGGUGGCGGGCGGCAUCGUCGCCGGCAUCUUCCUGAUCUUCAUCGAGAUCGCGUACAAGCGGCACAAAGACGCUCGCAGGAAGCAGAUGCAGCUGGCGUUCGCCGCCGUCAACGUGUGGAGGAAGAACCUUCAGGAUAGGAAAGGUAGAGCAGAGCCCGAGCCCAAAGGCUCUUUUAGGUCCAUCACUGCGACCUCCGACCUCAAACGGCGUCGGGCCUGCGUGGACGCCACGCCGUACCCGACCGACAUCACCGGACAGAUCAACCUGUCGGAUCCCUCCGUCAGCACCGUGGUCUGAACACCCGCCGCCACGCACAUGUGCUUUUAUUUUGGUAGCUCCUGAGUGUUUGUGGUUCCUGUGGUUUAUCAGAGGGGCGGAGCCUGUGGGACAGGAAGUCACAUCAGUGCUGUCAAUGUGCUGACUCAGUAGAUAUUUGUCUAUUUUUGUAUUCAUGAACCGAGCAAUAACCGCCAAGUCUGAGGAUCUUUCUGGAAUAUACGUCUACGUUCUGUACUCUUAAAGAACUCCUUUAACAGACCCAAGUAGUACUUUGUACUAGCUAACGGUUUGGACCGCUUGCUAGCGCUCGCCAUCCGAGUGGUCACGUGAUGUUCCUGUGACGUGUCACGCCAGCCGAUUCAUUUCCGCUGUCUUCCUGUCAACGAAGGCAGGCGACGGCGCCAUCCGGCGCCAUCCAGCGCCCCGUUCUUUAGGUGUGGGGGGGGGGGAGGGUACUACUUUACGGUACUACUUUGGUCCGUCCAAAAGAAUUGUUUAAGAGUACAGAAGCGUCAGACCAAAUGAACCUCAUCUAGAUUCUGACGUCACUGCCCACAAACUUGCUGGUGCAGAGGCUCCGCCCCCUAGAAGUUCCAUGGCAUGAUGUCAUCACUAAUGACCAGAUGUGUCUACCUCCACCUGCCAAUCAACCCAAAUGCUACGUUAGCUUAGCGUGUUGCAAUGAUGUUACUCAUGUCUUACUAGCCUUGACGAAGUUAGCAACAUGUAGCAUCAUAAAGGGCCAAUGUUUACUUAGCAGCUAAUGUUAGCGUGUGUAGCUACUUUGCCGUUGCUAACUGAGCUACUGAGCGUGUACAUACUGUAUGUGGCUAAUGCUAAUUCAGGCUCAUGCAGCCACACUAUUUGUCCUUGUUGUUACGUUUUUCCAAUUGUCAUCGUGCUCAUUUAGCGUGCUACUCGUACGCGGCGAGGUCGUCCGAUGUACCGAAAAGACGCCUCAAGCAUCGACCAAUCAAUUGCUCUGCACGCCAUCUUCCUGUUCUGGCAAAAAAGGCGGACUAGCCAGAACUCACUUUAGACCUGGCCCAGCCUUAGACAGGACUAGCUUUAGACCUGCUUCAACUUUGAAACGGGUUCAAACUUAGACCCAGUCCAACUUUACACCAGGACUAACCUUAGACCUGGACUACAGAAGAUGAGUCUAGUUUUAAGACCAGCAGUUUUAUGUCAAGAAUUCUUGUACUAUUUGAUAAGAAACGAUUGCAACGUCUGCAUCAUGUGUACAUUAUUGUGUCGAGUUGAAACUACAUUUCCCACAAUGCACUUCUUACCCUUGCUUGCUGUCACCAACUGUUCUCCACGCUAAUGUAGCAACGCCUGUUAGCCUCCGGCUAAAAUGGCGUCAUCGAUGAUGUCGGUCAGUGACGUGACGUGUUUGUGCCGUCAUCACCGUCGUGUUCGGUUUGGAUGAGCGGCUGAUGUGCACGUGAUCGUGACGGCGGAACGGCCUAGUGUCUACUUCCUGUCACGUGCUGUCACGGACAGAGCUGUCAAUAAAUCCAACAAUGCCGACUUGCUUGCUCUCAUUUGCUUCAAAGGUGCUGGGAAAUGACACCAGUUGUGUUUCAUCUACUCCAUCUAGUUCUUCUAGUUCUACAGUCAGCGAUGCUUAGAACAGGUAGAAGGUAAAGGUAGAAGUUGUGGGUUCACUUCCUCCUCGUCAGCUCCUUGGCAUUGCCGCCACCUACCGGACUGGUGUCCGCUUCCUGUACGCCAUCUGAAUAAAGUUUUAUUCAAACGGUCAACCUGCUCUCAGCAACAACCACAAGUCGCCAGCAGCAAAGAUGACAGAAACAAAUCACUGGUGCUCCAAAGUGGAUCAAAUGGACGUGUACGUACUUAUUACAUAUAUAUAUAUAUAUACAUAUAUACAUCCGGGGCCAAUUGGCUCAUGUUUGUUGAUAAAGUUUUUUCAAAAACAUAAAAAACAGGUCGCCAGCAGGUAGAGUUGUUUUUACAUGUAAAGGUAUAAAAAGCGUAAAGGAGAAACAAACAAGAAUACUUACAGCAUCGUCGUCGUCGCCUUCGUGGUCCGUGACGUCACUCCUUCAUGACGUCAUCCGGGGCAACCCGAAGUAGCAGACGAGGUCGUCAUGGCGAUGGAAAGCUCGGCGUUGCCACGGAGACCAACAACACCGCAUUAGCCGGCUAGCGUUAGC